AUGAUAUCGUACACGAUUAGCGAGAAACUUGGCCUUUUUUUUUUUUUCCCUCUCCUCCAGCAUCAGACCACUUUUUCAUUUUAUUUUUAAGCCUGCUUACUACCCCGCACCCGUACUCUUGGGUACGGUGCAGUGCUGGAGGUGGGAAAGCGCUGUAACGGUUUUUCUUCUCUGAGUCGUGCAGUUGUGUCUGUCAGCUUCAACAGACAGGGUGAUUGCUGCUAUUGAGGGUUUUUGGAGCGGUGAUCUUUGGAGAAGAAGAGGUGGUCAUGAUGGAGGAUAGGAAGGUUUUGACGAUUGCUAGUCAUGUAUGUGUGGGAUACGUCGGUAAUUCGGUGACCACCUUUGUUCUCCAGUUGAUGGGCCUGGAUGUCGCUUCCCUCAACACGGUGCAAUUCUCGAACCAUGCUGGGUACCGCCGGUUGAAGGGAUUUCGGACCACCGCCGGGCAGAUAUCUGACUUGUAUGAUGGACUCAAGGGCUGUGGGUUGGAUGACUUUGGCAUGCUGCUCACGGGCUACAUACCCAGUGAGGAGUGUGUCGAAGUGGUGGGGAGGAUUGCGGGGGAUAUGAAGGGGAGGGAGGGGGGUUGCUUUUGGCUGCUCGAUCCCGUCAUGGGGGAUCAGGACCGGCUCUAUGUUAGCGAGGGGGUACUGCCGGUUUACAAGUCACUGGUAAGGGUGGCAGACUUGAUUGUUCCAAAUCAAUUCGAGGCCGAGCUGCUAUCCGGCGUAAAAGUCGACUCACUCACCUCCCUCUCCCGCGCCAUCUCCGAGCUCCACAGAAUCUACAACGUCCCGCACGUGAUUAUCACUUCAGUGACCUUCACCAACGGUGACAAGAAGAUGCUCUGCGCCGGCUCCUCCGCGACUUCAUCAGGCGUCCCGCGGAAGUUCAUGUUCAACGUCGAGAUCAUCGACGGUUUCUUCUCCGGCACCGGGGACAUGUUUGCUGCACUUACACUGGCUAGGUUCCGCGAGGAAGCAGAGAAGGGUGGUUUGGAGGCUGCGCAGAGUUGGAGGUGCGAUGACGCGGUCGGGCCCUUGGAAUUACCGCUGUGCAAGGCUAUCGGGAGGGUUUUGGGAAGUAUGCACUUGGUACUUGUCCAGACUCAAUUGGCUCGUGAUAGAGUUCUGGGGAAGAAGGUGAAGGAGGAGGUUGAGGUUGGGAGUGAGGAAUAUGUUAGGCUUACAAAGGCCUCAGAGUUACGGCUCGUGCAGUGCCAAAGCGAGUUGAAGGAUCCGCAGAUUGGGUAUGAGGCAGUUGUCCUGAAGUGA